ACAACACAUGUCAUUCAAAUUGAAAUGUUUUGAUUGUUUUGACCAAAACAUUGCAAAACAUAAUAACAACUAAUUGUUUGAAUGAUUCAAUCAAAACAUUGAUUUACAUGUAUUUCUAUCAAGUGAUUGGUUUAUGACAUAUAAAGGCAUAGAUAUGAGUGAUAAUACAGACAAUCAAACAAACAAUGUGUCCAAUGAUGACAACACUACACACAUCAAGAAAGAGGCCAAAAGUGACCGAAAAAGUUAUGUCAACAAUAGUGAUGACAAUGAUAGCAGACUUACAGAAGAAGAACUUAAAGUAUAUCCCGAACGAAGAGGCAGUAAARUAGACAAGAGUUGGUGGGAUUCAGUCACAGAUAGAAAGGAUUUUCAAAAAAUUAAAUGCGAAACAAAAGUCUUUCAAGUGAUUGAAAAGAGUCCGUUAGUUAAGCUGAUGAUGAGUGCACUUAAAUCUCACGGAUGUGAAGUCGAUCUUCGGCGUCACAUAUCAUGCGAGUGUUGUUCAGCUGAUGUCACCGGUGGUUAUGACCCACAUUUGAAUCAAGUGGUCAUCUGUCAGAAUCGUGUCAUUCAUAAGGGUAUCAUUCAAGGAGUCCUAUCGCAUGAGUUUCUUCAUAUGUUUGACUACUGUAGAGCUAAGUUUGACUUUAAUAAUCUCGAACACAUUGCCUGCUCUGAGAUUAGAGCAGCCAAUUUGUUUCACUGUUCAAUGAUCAGCUCUUUCCUUUUGGGAACGACCAGACCCUGGGAUAUAGCUAAAAGUCACGCCAAUUGUGUAAAAACAAAAGCCGUGGCCUCAAUAAUAGCCACCCGUAAGGAUGUGACCACUGAMCAGGCCUGGGMUAUUGUCGAUCGGGUCUUUGACCGAUGCUAUUAUGAUUUAGAACCAGUAGGUCGAAGACUUCGAGCCAAUUCUAAGGACAUGGAAUGGGUUUAUAGGGAAAGAUUUCACUAUAAUUAUGAUUCAAUUUAACAAUUAAUUUGUAGAUAAUUUA